AUGGCUCCAGAAAAACCACCGCACCUUGAGAUCCUUCCCGGACAGGCUAUCAAAGCAGUCAAGCUCAUUAAUCCUGUCAAUUUUGGCCCCGCCGUUCUUGAGAGGUUCAUGGCACCCGCUGUUCCUGGCCUUGAGACAUUCAAGAGUUCUCCUUCAUUAUCGUUCCUCAUUGAGCACAAGUCCGGGAGGAAGCUUGUUUUUGACCUGGGAAUCCGAAAAGAUUACAACAACUACUCACCAUCUAUUGUCAAGUAUUUGCCGACUACUAAGUACACUAUGGAAGUAGCGGGGAAUGUGGCCGACAUCUUGCAGGAUAAUGGUGUUCCUUUGACAGAAAUUGAAGCCGUAAUAUGGAGUCAUUGGCACUGGGAUCAUAUUGGGGAUCCAUCAUCUUUCCCUCAUCUCACAGAUCUUGUAGUAGGUCCGGGAUUCACAGCAGCGAUGUUACCAGGAGCCCCUGCCAACCCAGAAUCCCCUAUACAAGAAAGCGACUACGCGAACCGUAAUCUGCGUGAGAUUAGUUUCGAGGGUCCAGACACUCUCAAAAUUGGUCAGUUCCCCGCGUUUGACUAUUUUGGAGAUGGUUCAUUCUAUCUUCUCGACAGUCCCGGGCAUGCUGUUGGCCACCUCUGUGGACUGGCAAGGACUACAACCUCCCCAGAUACUUUCAUUCUGAUGGGGGGAGAUAUCUGUCACUACGCCGGCAUUUUCCGACCUUCCAAAUUUCUUCCUGUGCCAGAUACCAUCAGUCCUCAUCCUUGCCAUCCACAUGAUGAUGGGGUUCUCUGCCCUGGAGAAGCUUUUGACAGACUGCAAAAAUCACGAGGGAGGGUAUCAACAGAUCCUCUCUUUGACUUGACGUUUGGUUUGGAUCUAGAGCUUGCUGCCAAGACUACGAAGCAGCUACAGGAACUAGACUGCAAUGAAGACGUUUUUGUGAUUGUUGCUCAUGACUCCACAGUUCGCGAUGGCGUUCCUCACUUUCCAAAGAGUAUCAAUGAUUGGAAGGAAAGGGGAUUUGGAAAAGGAUUGAAGUGGGCUUUCUUACGCGACCUGGAGAGAUUCUGGGAAUCUGAGGGCUUGCUGGAGAGUCAGAAGGGCUCUGUUCAAAAGGCUAGACCAUAA